GUCCAGUUGUUGCCCUGUUCCUGGAACCCGGCGGCAUUUGUGAGACACUUGCUCUCGGGAACUCGCUCUCAGGGGCUAGCCGCGCAUCCGCGCAUCCCCCCCCUCGAUCGUCCCCAGACCCUGCGAUCGACCUCAAGCGCCACACUCUCGGAACACUUGCUGCCUCAUCGACUGCCGCUCCGCGCGCAUCUCUCCUCCGUUUCUGUUCAGGCGGAUCCAGACAACAACAAACACCGCGCAUCUGAUCGACGCACCACCGGAGGCAGGGCCUUCGAGUUCUCGCACACGCCGAGGCGCCGGGUUUCGUGUGCACGCAUCAUGCCAAAAUGAUGACCUACGAGCGGCCGCUUCACGACGUCGUUCUGCCUUCGCCGGGCUCCCCGCCAGGCAUGACGGCCUCAAAGUCAUCCAAAUCGUCUUCGCUGAGCUCUCUGCCUUCGGAUGACGGCAGUGUGCUCGCCGACGUGAACCACUUCGAGGACAUUGGGCUUGAUGAUGCACAGAUCGAUCCGCGGGCCCUCUCCGACCAGCACCUCAAGACCGCGCCAAACCCUUACAGUGCCUCCUUCUCCGAGCUACGAGUCGUAGCGAAGCGGCCCGUGUCGGCCUCGAGUCCCCGGCCUCAGUACACUCGGGACUCGUCGAGGAAUCGCCAGCAGCGCGACUUUACCACCCUCCCCAAGUCGCGGCCGAGCCUGCCGGUCCUGCAAAGUCAACUUCGAACCACCAAUGGGAGGGUCGCUAGCCUGGGACUCCUGCCCGAGCCAUGCACGAGUCCUCUUCCAGUUCGCGGCCUCGGCCGCCAACGUUCGCACACGUCGAUGCGCCACCGAAGUCCGAGCCCGAACUUGUCCCUGUCGCUAUCUCCGAGAGAUCCGAAUGUCGUGAUGCAGCCGAGACGGAGCAGUUGGCAGUCGAAUCGAGAGCGGAAGACGGUGCUCGAACUGGAACUGGAGUGUGACGAAGACGACGGAGACGAGAUCCCGGACGGUCUCAUUCUGGAUAACGUCCCGAUUUCUCCACGGCCACCUUCGGAGAGGUCCCACAGCCGGCCUCCAUCCAAGGCGCCAUCCCCGGAGCGUGCCCCCAAGGAAAGGGUACGAAGCAUCGGCAAUGGCACGCCGCCGGUAGCGCUCGCCCAAGGAUCCCUCCGGUCGCCGACUUGGAAAUCAGAUUCGGCGCUGUCCACGCACAGCUCCCCUGCUUCCAGCCGCGUUUCAAGCCCCACUAGCGCGAGGGCCAAGAGCUGGUCGGCUGCGCUGGCGGCCCUCAAUGACGAGGCUAAGGCGUUGACGGAGAAGCUGGAGGAACACGCGGAGGAGAUGGAGCACAAGAUCCAACAACGGUCGAGCACCGGCUCCAUGCCCAACGCGAGGAGGUCGUCGGACCCAGAGACUGCUAAGCCGAGAGUGAAAUCAGCGCUGGCAGAGUUGCCACCCCUGCGCCGUUCGAACAUCAUGAUCGAUCCCUUGCCGAUUUCUAAAGAGAAGGAGGCGGUCCUGUCGCGCACCCGCCCGUCCUGGCUUCCGCCCAAGGAUCCCGCCGAGGAACGUCGCCACCUGAAAGAGUACCAGAAGAUGAUGGCGCAGAGUCUCGAAGCCGAUCGCCGCCGACAAGCUGCCAAACGAGCCCGGUCCGAGUGUCGCGACGUCGCUGCCGACAGCAUCAUGCAGAUCUGGGAGCAAGACAUCCUGCCGCGCUGGAACGAUGCGAUCCGCGAGCGCAGGACCAGGGACAUGUGGUGGCGCGGGAUUGCGCCCCGGAGCCGAGGCGCCGUGUGGACCCGCGCGAUUGGCAACGAGCUCGGGCUCACCAAGACGUCGUAUGAGGCAGCCUUGAGCCGCGCGCGUGAGGCCGAGUCGAAGGCGAAGUCGGGACACGGGAGGGCCGAGGAUAUGCGUGCCCUGUCGUGGUUUAGCGCCAUCAGCAAGGACGUUCGGGAGCGCACGUGGCCCGAUCUGCGCAUCUUCCAGCCCGGUGGCCCGCUCCACCAGAGCUUGGUGGACAUCCUGAGGGCCUAUGCCAUGUAUCGGAGCGACAUUGGAUAUGUGCCAGGCUGCAAUACGAUUGCGGCGCUCUUGCUCCUCAAUCUCCCGACACCCACGGACGCCUUCAUAGCGCUGGCCAACGUGCUGAACCGCCCUUUGCCGCUCAGCUUCUAUCUGUCGGAUGCCGGCGCCAAGAGCUCAGCAUACAACCUGCUCCUGCAUAACCUCUCGCAGAAAUCCCCCAUUCUGCACGAACAUCUGACGCAUUUGCCUGACCCCGACCCCGACCUAUAUCUUAAUGACGUAUUCACCGGCCUCUUCACGCGCCACCUCGCCCUGGACGCAGCCACUAGGCUGUGGGACGUCUACGUCUUCGAGGGCGACGCGCUGCUAGUCCGCGCUGGAGUCGCGCUUCUCCUGCAGAAGGAGAUGGCGCUCCUUGGAACCAAGUCUAUCGCCGAGGUCCGGACCGCCCUCGGGACGGCGCCGGGGGGUGGCAACAGCCCGCGUGUGGUGGGCGGGAGCGACGAAGAGGAACGCUGGAUGAAGGCCGUGCGCGAGGCGGGCAAGGCCUGACUGACUGCGCUGAGGCUGGGUAUAUAACACCGAGGAAUGGAUCUAACGUGGUAUAAACGGGGCAGUACUCGGGGCGGCGUUACGAGCGAUUUGCUUUUCUCUGGGAUGUUUGUCCCUGAUCCUCCCUGUGGGUCAAGGACGGU